UAAAAAUCCUAUCUGCCUGGCAGUGGGUGCUUGUCUCUCUCUCUCUCUCUCCCCCUGUACAGCCAAUAUCAUCAUCAUCAUUAUUAUCAUUUUUGGAUGGUAAAGGGGGUGGGGUGGGGAGAGCCAAGAGUGAAAGGAAAGGAGACUCUGCAUUACCUCCUGCAAACUUCAGCCCAGCCUGAGAAUGAAGUGUUAAAGCAUCAAAAGUCUUUCAGACGACUUCUUCUUCAUAGAACGCUCAGAAACCCAGAAUUCUAAGAAAGAAUCCAGACUUUUUUCCUCCCUCCCAUGCAGGAUUUGCUGCAAGAAACCAUGCCAUUGCCCUAGGGAAGGGCUGGACCUGUUCAUUAUUUUUAUUUAUUUUUUCCCAUUCAUUAUUUUUAAAAUUUUGGACAAUUUUUUUUUUUCAAAUUAAACAUCAGCCAAAGUGGCUCACCCAGACCCAGUGCCAGGUCAGAGCAGCCUGGUGCCCCCUCUGCCACCCCUGUGGAGGGCUGUGAGCAGCAGAAGGAUGGCCUCCGAGCUGGCCAUGAGCAGCUCCGACCUGCCCACCAGUCCCCUGGCCAUGGAAUAUGUUAAUGACUUCGAUCUGAUGAAGUUUGAGGUGAAGAAGGAGCCGGUGGAGACCGACCGCAUCAUCAGCCAGUGCGGCCGCCUGAUCGCCGGGGGGUCUCUCUCCUCCACCCCGAUGAGCACGCCCUGCAGCUCGGUUCCCCCGUCCCCCAGCUUCUCGGCUCCCAGCCCGGGCUCCGGCAGCGACCAGAAGAGCCACCUGGAAGACUACUACUGGAUGACCGCCUAUCCCCAGCAGAUCAACCCGGAGGCGCUGGGCUUCAGCCCGGAGGACGCGGUGGAGGCUCUGAUCAGCAGUAACCCCCAGCAGCAGCCGCCCCACCACCCGCACCAGCAGCCGCAGCAGCUCCAGGGCUAUGAGGGCUUCAGGGGCCAGCAGUACUCCUCGUCCGGGGGGGCCAUCCCUGGAGAAGACAUGGGGUCCCAGGCAGCCGCAGUGGUGUCUGCGGUGAUCGCAGCGGCGGCAGCCCAGAGCGGGGCGCCCCACCACCACCACCAUAACCACCACCACCCCGGGCACCCUGGAGGAGUGCAGUCCGCGGGAGGGGGUGGUGGAGGUGGUGGCAGCUCUCCGUCCUCCUCGGUGGUCGGGGGUCUCCAGCACCACCACCACCAUCACCACCACCACCUGCACUUUGAUGACCGGUUCUCGGACGAGCAGCUGGUGACCAUGUCGGUGAGGGAGCUGAACCGGCAGCUGCGGGGGGUCAGCAAGGAGGAGGUGAUCCGGCUCAAGCAGAAGAGGAGGACCCUGAAGAACCGGGGCUAUGCCCAGUCCUGCCGCUUCAAGAGGGUCCAGCAGAGGCACGUCCUGGAGUCCGAGAAGAACCAGCUGCUGCAGCAGGUGGAGCACCUCAAGCAGGAGAUAUCCAGGCUGCUCCGGGAGAGGGACGCCUACAAGGAGAAGUACGAGAAGCUGCUGGGAUCCGGCUUCCGAGAAAACGGCUCCUCCAACAGCGACAACCCCUCCUCCUCCCCGGAGUAUUUCAUGUCAUGAGUUUUUUGAGCUUGCUGUGUCAAAAAGAGCGAAAAAAAGAGAGAAUUUUUGCCAUCCCGAGUUCUUCAUAUGAGCUUGCAAUAAAAAAAAAAUGUGAAUUUUUAGACUAUCUCGCUGAAUUCAUCAUUUUUGAGAGUUGCUGUCCUAAAAUUGAGGAGACGUAGAGCAACCUGCCAAAGUAAAUCGAGCAUCAAACUUCAAAGUUUCAUGUGACGCUUUGGCCCAAAUGAAUGAGACUGGCCUGCCAUUAAAAUCCCAUCUUCAUCUCAUAUGCAUUAUGCUUGCUAUUUGUGUCUUGGCAACAACGAACUGUAUCUGUCAAAAGACUUUAUGGAAAAGAGACUAUAUUAUUAAGAUAGCCUGCAUGCUGGACAUGUAAGGUAUAAUUAUUAUUUUUUUUAUUUUAUUUUUUUCCUUUUUCAUGUUUUGCUUGGAAAUGGACUUCUGAAGAUUAAUGGCAUGAUAUUCAUAUAUAUUUUUUCUUUUAUGUUUUUUUUUUAUUAUUCUAUUUUAUUUUAUUUUCAAUGCCUCACCACUUUUUUGAGUUGAAAACAAAAAAGUGGAACCUUGAUCCUCCCCAAAAUGUAAAGAUUGCAUCUGCUAGAGGGAAAACAAAUACCCCAUACCCCUAAAAAAAAAAAAAAAAAAAACAACAACAGAUUUUUGAAAUAUGCAAAACUUCAGACUUCAGUAAACUAAAAAAUAUGAAAAAAUGCACUGAGGGUAUCUGCUCCAAAAGUUGGCAGAAAUUGACUUUUUUUGUUAUACAAUGUGGCAAACACAAACAAACAAACAAACAAACAAAAAAAGUACGUUGAAAUACGUCUCUUUUAAAUGUUUCUUGUAUUGGGACUAAAAUAUGCUGUGAGCUGUGAUGCAGUCUAUAAGAAAUUGUUUAUUUUUAAAACAAAUAUUCUCCCUUUUGCGUUUGGUCGCUGUCAAAUGUGGAAUGCUCUGGGUUUGUAGUUUAAUUUAAUUCAUGUCUCUUUUUUUAUUAUUAUAAAUCUGUUGGCCCAGUUAUAAAUGUAUGCUACAGAUAAAGGAAUGUUCUAGAUAAAUUGGAACAAGUUAGGUCUGUUUUAGAUGUAGAAUAUUUUAAUAACUGAUGCACUAAAUUGUUUACUGUUGUGAUGUUUGAAGGGGGUUGCAAAUUUCAAGGGGACUGGAUUUUUUUUUUUUUUUUUUUUUUUUUUUUAAAGGGUAGAUUGCAAAUAGAAGUUGGGUAUGUGUAAAAUCUUAUACUUCACCACUGACUGUAUUUGAAAAACCAAAGUAUUAACGGGGAAGUGGUGCCUCUAUAUCUAAGGGGUAUUUUACAUUCAAAAAUGUUUUGUUUUUUUUGUUGUUUUUUUGUUUUUUUCUUGAAAUUGAAGUAUUUGGGACUGAAUUGCACUAAGAUAUAACCUGCAAGCAUAUAACAGAAUGCAAAACUGUUUAGAACGCUAAUACAAAAUUUAUGCAGUUAUAAACAAACAAAAUUUUAAAAAAAAAUGUAUGGCAUUACUGGACAGUUUAAAAAAAAAUGCAGUUUUUUUUUUAUUUUAAUUUUUUUUAACAGAUUUAUUGUGGUUCAGAACUGGAUUUUCUGUAAUGUCACAAAUUCUACAAUCUUAAAGGCAAUAACCAGGAAAUAUAAACUUUUAUCAGGGACUGAUAUCAUGUCAUUUACAAAUGGAUCGUAAACUUACCGUAAUAAUUAUUUUAGAUUCAUGUCUGUUUUUUUUGUUUUUUUUCUUAAAAAAAUUGUUUCUCUCCAUAUUUUGCUGUGCAAAAUUGUUUUAUAUUUUGAGUUACUAACGAAAAGUGUGAUAGGUGUUUGUUU